UAAAGCCAAAGGUUCCUCCCGGACUGUGUUUUGUGGAGGACAGGAGGUCGAAUAACAGGAAGAGGAGCAGCGGCUACUAUGGCGGAGACGCACAGCUUGCAGGACCUGCGGCAAGCAGCCGUCACCUCCAAGGUUUUCGUUCAGAGAGACUACACUUCUGGAACCAUCUGCAAGUUCCAGACCAAGUUCCCAGCUGAGCUGGAGAGCAGGAUUGACAAGCAGCAGUUUGAGGAGACCAUACAGACCCUGAAUAAUCUCUAUGCAGAGGCGGAAAAGUUGGGCGGCAGGUCAUAUCUGGAGGGCUGUCUGGCCUGUCUCACUGCGUACACAAUCUUCCUCUGCAUGGAGACUCACUAUGAGAAAGUGAGUUGACAGAGCGAUAGGCU